AUGUCGGGUGGUGAUCCUACAUACGAUACUAUGGUGACUGGAGAGGUGAAAAAGGGUGAGAAUGAAAACAGGGAUGGCGAUGUAAAAGAUAUUCGAUGUGAAGUGGUUGGCCGAAGGCAAAGAUUACUUUCACUUUCUGUGCCUCCAAUGCCAUGGUUUGGUAUUGAUAUAGGAGGCACAUUGGUAAAACUUGUCUACUUCGAACCGGAAGAUCAUAAUGAUUUUAUUGAAAGUGAAGAAGAAAUCUUACGACGUAGGAAAAUUCAACGUUAUCUUGUAACAGGCAAAGCCUAUGGUGGUACUGGUGUAAGGGAUGAUCACCUACGUCUCUGUAAUGUCGGAAUCAAUGGCAGAGUUGGUACUAUACAUUUUAUUCGAUUUCCAACAGACAGAAUGCUUGAUUUUGUAAAUUUGGUUAAGAGGAAGGGGUUCGCCGAAAUGAGCAGUACAGUAUGUGCUACUGGGGGCGGCUCUUUAAAAUAUGCCAAAGAAGCGGCGGAUUUGGGUUUGCAGUUGCACAAAACUGAUGAAUUGGAAUCGUUGAUUAAGGGUAUUGAAUUUAUUGCUGCAACAAAUCCUGACGAAUGCUAUUAUUAUGAAAACCCCUUGAAUGAUAUUUUGUGUAGAAAAGUAAUUUGGCGGUGGUCACACGGUCGCUGCUCAACAUCCGAUUCUGUUCCUGAAAGUGACAAGAAGGAUGGCUUGCAGUACCCAUACAUUGUUUGCAAUAUUGGUAGUGGUGUGUCUGUGUUAGCUGUACGUGGUCACAAUCAAUUUAAGCGGAUUGGAGGCAGUAGCAUUGGAGGAGGUUUCUUUCAAGGUAUAUGCGCAAUUAUGUGUGGAUGUGAAACGUUUGAAGAGGCGAUUGAGUUAGCAUCACGAGGAGACAAUAAGAACGUUGAUAAGCUUGUGAAAGAUAUUUAUGGCUCAGGUUAUGAUCAAAUGGGACUUCCAGGAGAUGUUAUUGCCGCCAGCUUUGGGAAAAUAUAUAAUAAGGUGGAUCGCGAUAAAGCACGUAUUGAAGACCUUGCGCGUUCGGCACUGGUGACUACAACAAACAAUAUUGGUUCAAUUGCAUUUAAUGGGGCGAAUACUUGCGGAAUUGACCGAAUUGUUUUUGUUGGAAAUUUUCUGAGAGUAAAUCCUAUUGCUGCAAGACUGUUGAGUAAUGCUAUGAAUUUUUGGUCAAAGGGAACGAAAAAAGCACUAUUUUUGAUACAUGAGGGUUAUUUUGGCGCGGUUGGAUGCUUAGAUAAAUUGGUCGAUGUUACGGAGACAAGAAGGCGAAUACGUGCUGAAAAUCAACAGCAGGAAGACAACAAUUACAUCAAGAAAGGAUCGGAGUUAUCAGUAGAGUAA